AUGGAGGUGCUGAGGGCUCACCAUAUAGGACCAGAGCGCAGUACAGGUGGGUACCCACACAUUGAUCUUCAAGAAGCUCCGAUGUCCCGACUGCAGACUCUGAAGGUCUUCGUCAACCUGCGGCUCGCCGCGGCUCUCGAGGACAUAUUUGGACAUUUGGAGAGAACAAUCAGCGAGUACGAAGCGGAGAUGGACCGCCGCCAUCACAAACUGCUCGAGACUGAAGGCCAAGCUUCAGACUGUUCUGAACCUGAGACUGAUGUCAGCGAUGAGGACUGUAAGCUGAGCAGAGAACCUCCGCCAGCAUUAAGCUCUCUGAAAAACAACGAAGUGCCCGUCAGUGAUGUCGCGAGUAAAUCUGGCAAAAAGUCUUUUGUCUGCGGCGAAUGUGGACGAAGGUUCGGCCGCAAGGACAGUCUGCGGAGACACAUGAGGUUCCACACGGGCGAGAAGCCGUACAGCUGCUCCGUCUGCAGCAAGCGCUUCUCCCAGAGGCCCAACCUGAUCCGCCACAUGAGGUGUCACUCCGGAGAGAAACCCUUCGGCUGCUCCUUCUGCGACGCCAGCUUCGCUGUGCGCAGCGCCCUGGUGAACCACAUGAGGAUCCACACGGGCGAGAGGCCGUACGGCUGCGUGUACUGUGACAAGAGCUUCACGCAGAAGGGCGGCCUGAAGAAGCACAUGACGGUGCACACGGGGGAGAAGCCGUACCGCUGCCCCGCGUGCGACAAAAGCUUCUCCCAGAAGGCCAACCUGACGUACCACUUCUCGGUGCACACGGGGCAGAAGCAGUUCGGCUGCAGCGUCUGCAACAAGCGCUUCACAUGGCAGUCGCAGGUCAAAAGUCACAAGUGUGUCGGCGAGAGCAGCACCAGCUGAAAACAAACUCUCUGCUUCGUGUCUAAUGUGUAUAAGUAUCGUAUUAUAUGAUGUUAUGUACAGGGCUGGGCACUGAAUUUGAUACCUUUUAGGCAUCUACCGAAUUGCCUCUUUAGUAUCGAAUAUGGAAAAAUUAUUGAACAACUGUUUAGAGCAGGGUACAGAUUUCAAUACUUCUUAGUGUCAAGUAUCGAAAAAUGCCUUGUCAUUCAA